AGUGUUUACGUUCAUCUACUCUGCGCUUGUGAUAAAUUUCGUGUAUUGGAAAGUUUCGUUAAAAUGUCGUAUUGUAUUUCUCCUGUUCCCUUGAAAAUUCAAGUGCACCUUAGGGCAGGCAAGACAGAUGAGACUUACGUGUAUAAAACUACUUCGGAAACGCGUGGUGUCGUCAAAAUUAUCAACAUUUCUUGCGUUGAGGGGUUACCUUAUAGACAAGGCUCUGAAAUUGACGUUUCCAAUUUGCAAUCUCUAUUCGAGCAAAUGGGAUUUUUGGUCGAUAUUCAUCCAACAUCCGAGACAAGUCACACUAAAGAGGGUAUUACAAAUGCUUUAAAAAACUUUGUAAAUGAUAAACGAUUAACCAGAGCGGACAUUGCUAUGCUUUUUAUUAUGGGUCAUGGAAACAGAGAUGAUAACCGAGAUUUUUUCUAUUCUGCUAAUCGUGAAAUGAUCUAUUAUGAUGAAUUGAAGUCCUACUUUAGCAAUUCAAGGUGUAAAAAGAUGCAAGGCAAACCGAAGAUUCUUUUCUUUCAAGUGUGCAGAGGUGAUGAAAAAGAUUAUGGUGUGCCGCACUUGGUAGAACACGACGAUGAAAACCAGAUUCAAUUUGAUGGGAGUCAUCCUUCAUCGCCAUCAUUACUGGUACCAACUUUUACUGACAUGGUCAUUGCUUAUGCAACUUGUCCUGGAUAUUGUGCAUGUCGAUUUCCAAAAGUGGGCUCUCUGUUUAUAUACACUUUGUGUGAAGAAUUCAUGAAUCAUGCUUAUAAACACAGCCUCUGUACUCUGUUAGAUAAUGUCUAUAGGAAGAUGUCCAGAACAUUUGUGGACUACCAGGGUCAUCAUAUUUUGCAAGCAGGAGAGUACACUUGCCUCACAUUUGGAAAGUGUUAUCUUAAUCCAGGCGUGUAUUGUGAUCAAUACGGAAUAUUCAGAAAUAUUUUCACUAAGGAAACACUUCAAAGUUCAAACAAUAACUCUGAUCUAUUAUUGCAAACAUGUCGUACACACGCGAAACAUGGCGAAAAAUGCAGAAUUUUAGUUGAUGGCGCAGAUACUGUUCGAAGUUCUACUUUGCGUUCUGCAGGAAAAGUAAUGAAGAAAAAGUCUAAAUCGUAGAUGAUUUAUUUAUGCGCGUAUUAAAAUUGCUUCCGGUUGCCGGCGAACACGCUAAUAUUUUUCUUUAUAUGAUGUCAUGGUAUAACUGACAGCAAUAUCUAUUAUUU